AUGACCAAGUCGCGCACGAUCGUCGAGACCGUCUGUCGAUCGGUGGACGCGCCGAGCGUGUUUGGUCACGUGAAUCACAAGAAGCUACCUGCAGCGAGCGACGCUUGCUGCUACGAGUGGCCGAUGCGCUGGGUACCGCCGAUAGCGCGAGCGUACUCGCGUGCGCUUACAACAGCAGCACGGCCAGCAUCCCUGCCGCCAUGCGGACAGCCGCUGCCGCAUACUCAUCCGCAUCUCUUUCCGGUCGAUUUUCGCAAGGGCACAGACCCCUCGGUAGGCGGACAAGUCGCGAUGGAGCACUUGACGCCGGGUAUACCCGCAACAGAAUAUGAGCAGCGGCGCAAAAUGCUAAUGGACAGGCUGCCUGAGAAAAGUGCCGUGGUGCUUAUGGGUGGGAGGACGAAGUACAUGUCGCGCAACAUCUUCUACAAGUUCCGGCAGGAAUCCAACUUUUGGAAGGACCACAGUCCUCGCGGCUACAAAAUGACCAUGUUUGAAGUGUGGGACGGUCCCACCUGUGGCCUCGACGGCGCCGAAAAGAUUUUUCGUGCCGAUGAAGCAGUGAUGAACGAUCCCUCCGUCAUGCUCAACUACAUCAAAUCGGCACUCGCGCGCUGUGAGCACUUGUAUGUGGACUUGCCCGCGCAAGUAACCAUCCCACGGCAGAGUAUGCGUUCGCCCCGUUUCAGCAUCCACGACUUUUUGGCGCCGCCCUCGCCCACAGGCUUUGACCUGUUUGUGCGUAAAACUGAUUUUGAAAAUGUUGUGCGGCUCCUGAGUGAUCGCCGCAACACACAUUCCCUGCAGCGGGAAAUGGACCGGCUGCGCGUGCGCAAGAGCCCCAAUGAGCUGGCCGUCAUGCGGCAGGCCGGAUCGAUAAGUGGACAGGCAAUGACACAGGUAAUGCGCGUCUGCCGGCCGGGCUUGCUGGAAUCCGAAGCACAGGCAGUGUUUGAGUACGAAUGCGCCAAGCACGGCGCUGAACGUCCCGCGUAUGUGCCGGUGUUUGCCUCGGGUCGCAACGCAUUGAUGAUCCAUUAUGUGCGUAACGACGGCGUCCUGGGUGACCACGAUGUCAUGUCAGUGGAUGCAGGAUGUGAGUUCCGUGGCUAUGCCUCCGAUAUCACACGCACGAUGCCGACUUCCGCGGAUGGGCGUUUCACGCCUGCUCAGCGCGAUCUCUACGAAGCACUCUUGCGUGUGCUGAAGGGAUGCACGGCGUUGGCCACAGAGCAUCAGGGCUAUACCCUGUCGGGUGUGCAUCGGCGCAGCGUGGAAAUGCUCGCGGUCGAGCUGCGGGAUCUCGGCUUUCAUCUCGGCUUUGGCACGCUGGAGCGUAUUUUGUAUCCCCAUUAUAUUGGCCACUGGCUUGGGAUUGACCUGCACGAUGUCAGUACGGUAGAGCGUGCAACACGCCUGCAAGAGGGCAUGGUGUUUACCGUGGAGCCUGGCCUGUAUAUCCCUGACAAUGAGGCUUAUCCAGCGGCAUUCCGUGGUCUGGGCAUGCGGGUCGAAGAUGACGUCGCCGUGGGUUACUCGGACUACACGGUCCUGUCCAGCGAGGCGCCCAAGGAGGUGGCCGACAUCGAGGCAGCAUGCGGAGGACGCAUCUAA